AUGCCUAUAACACUCGAUGACUUACCGGAGGAGAUUAUCAUUGGUAUUGGAUUAUGUUUAUCUAAAGUUUCCCUUGUAAUGCUGGCACAAUGCUCCAGCUAUUUCUAUGCUGUAUGUAUUGAAUUGCUGUAUUAUCACUGUGCUGUGGAAAAUCGGAUAAUUUUGAAAAUACUGAUCAACACUAUUCUCAAUAAACCGGUGAUUGGACGAAGCAUCCGUUGGCUCGAUCUACGCCACUUUAACUGGAAUGACUUGUGUCACCCAGCCCCCUGGAAGACAACUUCGCUUGAUCUGUUCAAAAAGGCUACAUUGGUGCAAAAAAACUUGGUUUCUUGGAAUAUCUCUACCUGGACGGGGGCUUUUUGGAUGGAUAUAUCAUGCUGGGCUUUGAUAACAGUACUCCUUUGCCUCGUUCCAGAAUUAAGGGUACUGGGACUUCCAACACUGGGAGAAGAGCGCCGUUGGCAUGGAGUGCUCUUAAGGGGAAGUCAUUGCGAAGUCUCUGCAUUUAGUGACUUCAUUGCUCGACUCGUAAAAGACCAGCGGACUGAAUCUCCAGAGGGCGGUUCUCUGAGGGUGCUUACUAACUUAGAAAGCAUAACAAUUGCACCUGAUUUUUGCAACAGAAGAACAGCAUUGGAUUCCAUCAUGCCACUUAUGUUUUUAAGAUCCGUGAAAAGAUUCAAAGCGGUCUCAGUGUGGCAUCACUCCUGGAUGAACAGCCGUAGGCUAAAAGGCGUAACGCCGAUACCCAAUAUUGAGAGUUUGAACUUCGUUUCGUGCGAUUUCAGUGAUGACAUUGUCACUUUCCUGAGGCGUUUCACAGGCAUUCAAAGAUUCUAUUUGGGUGGAAGUCCCAACAUCAUGGAUGAAUUCGACGACAUACCUUUGUGUGUUGAAAGUAUCUUGGAAGGAUUGACAUCUUCGAAAGACUCAUUAAAAUACGUCGACGUCAGUUUUGUUUCCCGUAGACCGGGUGACGACUCCCUCUCAUUGUCUCAAUUCAAACGACUACAGGUUGUAAAGCUUUGGCCAUCUCCUUCAAUAUGGUCGAGUGAAAGCCCAAUUGAGGAUGAAUCUCGGUUGAUCAAUUCCUUGCCGCCUGGAUUGAGAAUUCUGGUAUGCAAACCAUUUUAUGAUCAACACGAUGUUGUUAGCUUGAAACAACUCUAUGAGCUCGUCGCCAACAAAGAAACAUAUGCUCCCGAACUGCGACAGAUUGAACUGAUUUGGGACGACGCUGGUCUUACAUAUAAAUGUGAAGAUUGUGAGAAUCAUUGCGAAUUGAGCGAGAAAAUCCCUUUCUUUACGAAGCUCAUUGAAGAGUGCAAAACAAAGAAUAUUUGUAUUUUCCCUGGUCACCCCUCAUGGAAAGCUACCGGCACCGCAGAGCCGGAAGACUUAGAAAAUACUCAAGGACUCUUUGGGGGUUUAUUAUAG